CUCCAACAAGUAGCCACGUACUUCUAUAAAAACUCUAUGCGAGGACCUCAUCCUCACCAACGAAAACUCUUGUAGUUUCCAUUCCAAAGUAUUGCUGCUAUUUAGUGCUAUGGCUUUUAAGUUUCACCUACUGGUUUUUCACCUGAUGGUUUGUUUGAUGUGGGCUUCGCCAUCGGCAGCUUCUCGCGGCCAACCCAGUGAUCCCAUGAUGAAGCGGUUUGAAGAAUGGAUGGCCGAGAACGGUCGAGUUUACAAUGACGAUGUCGAGAAGCUGCGCCGGUUUCAGAUAUUUCAAGACAAUGUGAACUACGUUGAAACCUUCAAUAACCGCAGCGGAAACUCGUACACUCUCGGUGUUAACCAGUUUGCUGAUAUGACGACUGAUGAAUUUUUGGCUCAAUACACUGGUUUAUCUGUCCCUGCAAAUCAGAAGUCGGAGCCCUUGAUGUCGUUUGAGGAUGUAAACCUGUCUUCGGCGCCUCAAAGUGUUGAUUGGAGGGAUGAUCGUGCUGUCACAGAAGUGAAGCAACAGGGCACAUGCAGUUCUUGUUGGGCGUUUGUGGCAGCUGCGACGGUGGAAGGGAUCUACAAAAUCAAGAAAGGAAUAUUGCCAGAUGUGUCAGAACAACAAAUUCUAGAUUGCAGUCACAGCUACGGGUGCAAACGUGGUGGCUUUGUGGAAAAAGGAUACGAUUUCAUCAUAGCUAAUAAAGGAGUGACAACUGAGCCUUCCUAUCCUUAUAAUGGAGUUAUAGGCACUUGCGUCGACGCCACUAUCGUGCCCAAUGAAGCUUACAUUACUGGGUAUAAAUUUCUUCCUAAAAAUGAAAGAAGCAUUAUGAAUGCUGUGUCGCAGCAACCGGUUGCUGCUGCAGUCGAUGCCGAUAAGAACUUCCAGUUAUACCGCGGUGGUAUCUUUAAAGGACCUUGUGGAACCAAAAUUAACCAUGCCAUCACGAUUAUAGGAUAUGGAGAAGACGAUACGACUGGAGACAAAUUUUGGAUCAUAAAGAACUCAUGGGGCCAAAACUGGGGCGAAGCUGGGUACAUAAGGCUGCAAAGAGAAUCCGGAUCAUUUUCUGGAUUAUGUGGUAUUGCCCGGUACGCCCUCUACCCAACUCUCACAUCAAUGCCUCAUUCCGAACUCUCUGACACGGGAUCGGACAGCAUAACUAGCUCUAUCUAAUUAAUUAAGUGCUUGUUUGCUCCUGUAUAAGCUUGUAAUUAAGUCACAAAAAGGGCUGUUGUGUGCAUGGUUCUCUCCCUCGCUCGUUACUUGCUUCGUAUUCCGAGUUUGAAUAUGUAUUAUUAAUUAUCCCACUGUUUGUACUUUGUGCGAGGGUACUCAGCUUAAUUUGACAUGAAUAUCAAGUAUUAGUUGAAGUGAGCUGUUUA